AUGUAUGCCAGACCGCCUCCAUACGGUCUGAGCUGUCAGAUCUCAAGCCAUCCUCAAGGUGGCAUAGACAUGAGAGACCGGCUGGGGCACCUCCAUCAGGUGCAGAUCGAUGCUCUGGGUUUCAGUACAGUAGAAUUGGACAAUUUCGCAGAGCAAAACAUUGAUGCAGCAACAGCAUCAACAUCAAGGUCUUCAUCACCUCCUGAACAGAACCUGGACUCUGUCCUGCAGAUGGCCAAUCAGAUUGGUCUAGAAACCCAGCAGAUCCAGAAUGACAUCAGUGAGCUGAGAGAUGUGAACUACCAGACCUUAAAUCAGACCUCAUUCUCCAGUGCGACAAAGAGGGACCCAAAUGCAAUCGGGGCGGACAUUAAACGCAGGGGUGAGGCUGUGCUGCAGAUGCUGCACAUGAUGGGUGAUCUAAGAGAGGAACUGGAGGAGCAGCGUGGCACCGCUGACCCCACGGUACGCAUCGCUCGAACUCAGUACCAGUGUCUCAGCAACGCUCUGCGAGAAGUAAUGUGUAGCUACAACGACACAGAGAUGAACCACAGGGAGGCCUGUAAACAGCAGAUCCAGAGGCAGAUGGAGGUGGUGGGCAGGGAGGUCAGCGAAAGGGAGCUGGAUGAGAUGAUGGAGAGCGGGGAGUUGAAUGUGUUCAGCGUCCAGGGGGAGGGAAAAACGGCUCGCUCAGCCCUCGUGCAGAUUGAGAGCCGACACAAAGAGCUGCUGGAGCUGGAAAAGAGGAUCGAGGCGACCAAGGAGCUUUUUCUGGAUGUGGCUUUGCUGGUACAGGAGCAGGGGGCAGGCAUCGAAAACAUCCAGCAAAAUGUUCAAAAUACUGAAGUGCUGGUUCAGGAGGCGGCAGUUCGACUGGAGAGAGCAACUGAAUGUGAUAAAAACAACCCCUUCAAGAAGAUGUUCUGUGGCUGCUGCCCAUGUUAUUUUAAUUAGGACUGAAGAAGCCAACUCUGCUUGAGAGUAUGCUUUUAUUCUUUUUAUCCCUUCCUACAUGUCUUAACACUUUUUACUUUUCAUGACCUGCUGCUUUUACAUUGGUCUGUGUUUCAUUGUGUUUUAUUA